UCCUUGCACUAAGUGUCAAAGUUACCUUACAUUAAGUAUAUAGAAAUUACAAUUUCUUUAACGGAUCACGAACGGGAAAAAGAAGUUUUGAAAUGGAGCUCGGGAUCUUGGAAAAUGGUCAAGACGAAUCGGUCAGCUUAGUUGAGACAGAUGAUAAGGAUAAGCCUAAAGCAGCUGCUUGGAUAAUAAUUAUGGUGAUACUACUAAAUACAUCUUUGAUUGCUCUGGCUGUUCCAAUAUAUCUGUAUUUGAAUUCUGUCGACGAAGUGGUCAAAAAACGUUUAAUGGACUAUUGCAUUGUUGGUGGUGGCAUAAUAGGAAUUCCGAUGUUGUACAGAUUAGGAGAUCUGUCGAAGGGACGACCAAAUUUCUAUUACAUUUAAAUUAUUCAUUUGGUUAGCAUGAUGCACUAUGAUUUGAAAAUAAAUUCUAAAUUUUUGUGUCUUAAUGUUUAUAUCAUGUCCACACCAAUCAUGCUUUCCUUGCCUUUAAACUCGUCAGUCGUUACAUCAACCUCACACUUUCAUAUACAUAUACAUUAUACUCACAUUAAACGAACAUCACACAACUAGAUUCGGAGUAAUAAAUUAAGGGUAAGAAGUUAGCAAAUAGAAAACACAAGAUGUCUAUCAGAAGAGGUGGAUUGAUGUCCUAUAACCAGCGGCGUAUUGCCCGCUGGUACUUUGGAGGCCUGGCGAGCUCCAUGGCUGCCAUGGUGACUCAUCCGAUCGAUUUGAUCAAGGUGCUCAUCCAGACUCAGGCGGAGAAGCUAUCGGUGUUCCAGACAACCCGUAAGAUUGUCAAGGAACAGGGACCAAUGGCCAUGUACAAUGGCAUCUCGGCCUCAAUGCUGCGCCAAUACACGUACACUUUGGCCCGUUUUGGCAUUUAUUCGGUGGGCUCUGGAGCUAUGGACACCAGCACCAUGACCGGCAAAACAUGUCUAGCAGCGAUUGCCGGAGGAAUUGGCGGGUUUGUGGGCGCUCCUGCAGAUCUGAUCAACGUCCGCCUGCAGAACGAUGUCAAGUUGCCACCAGAGAAGAGGCGCAACUACAAGCACGCCAUUGAUGGACUGGUGCGAAUCACCCGAGACGAGGGAUGGAAAAAUCUCUUCAAUGGCGCCUCGAUGAUCGCGCUCCGUGGAGCUUUUAUGACCGUAGGUCAGAUCGCGUUCUACGAGCAGAGCAAGUCCCAAAUGAUAAAAUUGGGAAUGCCCGAGAAUAUGGGCACCUACAUCUUAGCAUCGAUGAUCUCCUCCGUGGUGGCCACCACCUUGACGCAGCCCAUCGAUGUGGUGAAGACACGUCGCAUGAAUGGAGCACCUGGCGAGUAUUCUGGAUUGGGGGAUGUGUUUGUAAAGACUUCGAAGGAGGGACCUCUGGCUUUCUUCAAGGGAUACGUUCCCUCUUUGAGUCGAUUAUUGCCGCACACGGUAUUAUUAUUCUUGGGCCUCGAGUACCUGAGGACUCACUUUGGAUAUCUCCCAGAGCCGAAACAAACAGGUGCAUUUUAUCGAUACGAUGAUGUCGAUGACUGAACUAUUUGCGUUAUUUUCAAAAUUUCUAGCUUUGCUAUUACAUGUCCAUUCAUUACAUCGCAUGUCAGAAAAUAAAAUAUACAUAUAUUAAGCAUGGCUUUAGUUAA